UGAUGGAUUUACUAUAUAAGACACAGCUUGUCUGCUUCAAAUGACAACUAUACAAGUGCGAUAGUUCCAGACAUCAUUUCAGACCCAACACUCAAAUUUCACCUCCCAUAUUCUCACUUGCCAAAAAGUACCAUCAUGAUGCCGCUUCAAGAACCAUUCCAGCUUGAUUCAAAUUUGAAUCAUGGACCUCUUUACCAGAAUAUUGACGGGAAAGCCAUGAGAAAAGCUGCAAAUUCAUCUCUUAUACGAUAUGGAGGAAAUUUCUCGUCCGAUAUAAUUACAAGAGCAGAAGGCAUCUACAUCUACACCGCCGAUGGCAGGAAGAUCCUCGGCUUUAAUUCUGGGCAGAUGAGCUGUCUCGUUGGUCAUGGAAAUCCCGAGAUAGUCGAGAUAAUCACUGCUCAUGCUGCAAAAUUGAAUCAUUUGUUCAGUGGCAUGUUAAGUCCACCUGUGGUAGAACUCGCACAGAAAUUGACAUCUGUGACACCGCCUGGACUUGAUCGUGCUAUGUUUCUCAACACUGGAGCGGAAUCAAAUGAAGCAGCGAUUAAGAUGGCCAAAUUGUAUACUAGGAAGUAUGAAAUUGUUGGAUUGGGAGCGGGUUGGCAUGGAAUGACUGGAAACGAGGGUGGGUCAACCUACCACUCCGGGAGAACGGGUUAUGGUCCUUGUGUAUAUUUUCCAUGCUCCUCACAAUCAGAGCCUUUCAUCUUCUGCUGCAUUCCGAAAAAAUCGAAUCCAUUCGUUUGUUAUCUUGGAAGAUUAAAGCCUCCAUAUUCAAAGUUGCAUAGAAUAUCAGUACUAACUGCAAAAAGAUGCCAGGAAAUCUUAUUCUACCAUCUCCAAAUGUAUACCGUUCCAUAUUCCGCCUUUCAGAUGGCUCAUACGAUUGGGAAACGGAAUUGAAUUAUGGGUGGAAUUUGAUUGACCAACAAUGGACAGGCUCAUUGGCUGCAAUUAUUCUCGAGUCUAUCCUCAGUCCCGGUGGUAUGCAUGUUUUACCAGAAGGUUAUAUGAGAGCCAUGAAGAAACAUUGCGAGAAACGCGGCAUGCUUCUCAUCGUUGAUGAAGCACAAACAGGAAUUGGGAGAUGCGGCUCGAUUUUUGGAAUCGAGCACGAUGAGUGCACACCCGAUAUCCUAACUCUCAGCAAGACAUUAGGCAAUGGACUUCCACUUGCUGCGCUUGUUACCUUGGCAGAGAUUGAAGAAACUUGCUUCGCCCGUGGAUAUCUUUUCUACACUACCCAUGUAAAUGACCCCUUACCUGCUGCUGUGGGUGCCAAAGUUCUGAAUAUUGUAGUUAGAGAUAAUCUUGUCGAACGCUCUCGCGUCACAGGCUUGAAGCUGAUAGCUGAGUUGAAAAGCUUGCAGGAAAAUUAUGGUGGUAUUGGAGAUGUUCGCGGUAGGGGCUUAAUGGCAGGAGUAGAAAUUGUGAAGGAUCGAAACACUAAGGAGCCAGCGUCCGAAUUUGGGGAAGCGUUAACGGCAAGAAUGAGUGAGCUCGGUUUAUCUGCGAAUCUAUCUACUAUGAAGUCGUUUGGAGGUGUAUUUCGUAGCUCCUCCUCUCACUAUUACGGACGAAGAGUUGAUGGCUGGAAUUCGAAUCUUUGAGGAGGCUUUGGGAACCACUCCGAAUACAAUGCAGAUUAGCUAAACAUAAAUGCUUAACUUAACUAGACUCAUUAAUCAAUUCCUUUUCCAAGUCAUCCUGUUUGCUCCAGCAUUUUUUAUAUAUGGUGAAUGCACAAACUAUUUCGAAUGAUGUAGAAUU